AUGACUUUGAGUGUUUCUGAUACUAAAUCCAAAGCUGACAACAUGUCUUCUGCUUCUGCUUCAUCCUCCUCUUCCUCCCCCUCUUCUUCUUCCCACCUUCCUCCACCACAUACAUCUCCUUCAUCUUCCAAGGAAGAAGAAAUAGACUAUGAAGCAUUACCUUCGUCUGCUCCCUUACAUUACCAGUUAUUGGCAGGUGCAUUUGCGGGAAUCAUGGAACAUUCUGUCUUAUUUCCAAUUGACGCAAUAAAGACUCGUAUUCAAUCAUCUGUAACUUCCAAAAUAUAUUCCGGUAGUAACCUGCUAUCUCAGAUAUCUCGUAUCUCCACCGUGGAGGGCUCUCUGGCACUGUGGAAGGGAGUGCAAUCCGUCAUCCUAGGCGCAGGGCCAGCACAUGCCGUAUAUUUUGCUACUUAUGAAUGGACAAAGAAGACACUUAUAAGUCCUGAGGAUAUCCAAACUAUUCAACCCUUGAAAACAGCAGUAAGUGGCGCUACUGCCACAAUCGCUGCUGAUGCUCUAAUGAAUCCAUUCGAUACAAUAAAACAAAGAAUUCAAUUGCAAACAAACUCCUCUGUUUGGCAAAUAACAAAAUCAAUCCUGAAAAAUGAAGGUGUUUCCGGAUUUUAUGUCUCAUAUCCAACCACUUUAUCCAUGAAUAUACCCUUUGCUGCAUUCAAUUUUAUGCUUUAUGAUACAACUACUAAGUUAUUGAACCCUUCCAAUACAUAUAACCCAUUUAUCCAUUGCAUUAGUGGUGGGAUUAGUGGUGCCCUUGGGGCUGCCUUGACUACACCUUUGGAUUGCAUAAAGACUGUAUUACAAGUUAGGGGUAGUAAGUCUGUAUCAAUGGAUAUCAUGAAAAGAGCAGACACCUUUACAAAGGCUGCCAGAGCUAUAUACCAAGUCCAUGGUUGGAGAGGAUUUUGGAGAGGUUUAACCCCAAGAACUAUAUCCUUUAUUCCAGCUACUGCCAUCUCUUGGACCUCCUACGAAAUGGCCAAACAUUUUUUGAUUAGAGAAUAA